CGGGGCGCCUCUCCCUCGGUGAGCCCUGGAGGCUGCGCCCCCGGAGCCCCUCAGGGAAGUCAUGGUGGGUUUGCAGCCCGAAAGCUGAGCGCAGGAGGCCGCGAAGGUCCAGGCCAGCAGCACGUAGGCGUCUCUGCGGCCAUGGUCUCCCCGGUGACGAUGACGCGGGCUCAGGGAUGGGGGAGCCCCACCGGGCUGCAGCACCUGCUCGGGGUGAACCCGCUGAGCGGCUACCUGCCCCCGCUCGGCGACCUCACAGAAGUGCACCUGGCCGCCCUCGCGGGGGACACGGGGAGGAUGAAGGCUGCUAUCGCCUUCCACGGCCAAACUUUGGAUGACAGGGACGGGGGCAACAGGACUGCCCUACACUUUGCUUGUGUUAAUGGCCAUCAGGAGAUUGUGAUUCAACUAGUGGGUGCGAAAUGCAAACUCAAUCUGUGUGACAGUGAAAACAGGACGCCUCUGAUCAAGGCGGUACAGUGCCAGCAGGAGGCCUGUGCCACCAUUCUUCUCCAACAUCGUGCUGAUCCGAAUGUGAUGGACAUCUAUGGGAGCACCGCUCUCCACUAUGCUGUCUACCGUCAGAACCUAUCAAUAGCAGCAAAGCUGCUCUCAUAUAAUGCAGACAUUGAAGCAACAAACAAGGAAGGCUUCACACCACUCUUGCUUGCUGUAGGUAAUAACAAGCAGCAAAUGGUGUCAUUUUUAAUAAAAAGUGGAGCAAAUGUACAUGCAGUAGAUACCAUGAAAAGAACAACCCUCAUGCUUGCUGUAAGUUAUAAAGCACCAAAUACAAUCAAACUUCUUCUCCAACAAGGAGUGGAUGUCUUUUGUCAGGAUAGUCUGGGAAAGACUGUAAAAGACCAUGCUUUUCACUAUGAUUUUAAAAUCAAUCAGGAAAUAAUUUCUGAAUAUCUAGCAGAAAGAACAUCUCAAAUGAAAAAUCAAGGAGUGAAUGCUAAUUUUGGAGAAGCUUCUUUAUGCAGCAACUCUCAAUUAACUCCUGAAGAUCUAAUAGAAGAGAGAACUAAUAAUUCUCGAAAUAACAAUCAAGGAGACUGCAGAAAGCGAAGGAUGAGCUUGAGUGUGGCAUCUUUAAAGACUAUUGGCACAAAGAUGAAGCAAUAUCUUACCUUUUGGUACUCAAAGAACCCUGAGGAGAGUUACAGCGUCAACCCACUGAGUGGGUACACGAUCCACACUAAGGAUCUCAAGGAAAUACACAAAGUUGCCAUCGAGGGUGACAGAGUGAAAAUGGAUCACAUCAUCUCAUUCCAGAGCUUCACUUUAAAUGAAAGAGACAAGAACCAAAGGACUGCCCUACAUUUCGCUUGUGUCAAUGGCCAUCGAGACAUAGUGAUGCAACUAGUGGAUGCCAAAUGCAAACUUAACCUGUGUGACAGUGAAAACAGGACGCCUCUGAUUAAGGCAGUGCAGUGCCAGCAGAAGGAGUGUGCAUCCAUCCUGCUACAAAACCAUGCCUGCCCCAACCUGCUGGACAUCUGCAGCAACACGGCUCUCCACUAUGCUACCUGCAGCCAGAACAUAGAAAUAGCAGCAGAACUUCUCUCAUUUAAUGCAGAUAUUGAAGCAACAAACAAGGAUGGCUUCACGCCACUUUUACUUGCUGUAAGCAAGAACAACCAGCAAAUGGUGGAGUUUUUAAUAAACAAAGGAGCAAAUGUUCAUGCUUUAGAUGCAUCAAAAAGAACUUCCCUCAUGAUUGCUGUGAGCAUUGAAGCCCCGGACAUCAUCAGACUUCUUCUUCAACAAGGAGUCAGCGUCUUUUGUCAAGAUGCCUCUGGACAGACUGCCAAAGACCAUGCUGCUCACUAUGGCUUUAAAAUCAAUCACAAGCUAAUUUCUGAAUAUUUAACGGAGAAGAUGACAAACUUUUCUUCUCAAAAUAACAAUCAAGGAGUGGCUAUGCUUGCAGAAACCUCUUUGAACAGCAAUUAUCAAAGACUUUCUCAAGACAAAGUGGGACAAGCAAUUAAAAAUAAUUCUCAAAAUAACUCUCAAGGAGGAGAGAAGUCUAAAGAAAGCUCUUUGAGCAGUCUUUCCGUGAAAGCUGACACUGAUGAUUCCUGGCCUACAUCAAAUGAUGACCUUCUAUUUGAACCCAAGACUUGCCUGGAACCCAGCUUAGCACAGCAAUGGUCUGCUUUUCAUCAGUUUAAAGAAAAGAUCGGAGCAAACUGUAACACCACGGGAGUGGAAAAUAGAAUUGUACUCGAGGACAUUAGUUUUGAGGAUGAAAUUGAUGAUGAGAUUGAAACCGUUCUCAAGCCAUCAUCAGUCCAGGAAAUUCCUCAUCCUGACAUUCCAUCAUCUGAUUGCUCCACUGUUCAGCAUCCUCCCAACUCUUCAGUCAUCUGUGGUCUCACAAAUGAAGAAACAGCAAAGGAAGCAUGUAGAAAUGAAAAGAGUGGCAGCCAUAUCACUGACAGUGCUUCCGCACAGCAGACAAAUCAUGACAACUUGACCUGUGCUGAUGAAGAACACAAAAGUAGUAGAUAUGAUAUGAAUCCAGCAUUAGGAUUUGGAGAAGAGGAAGAUACCGAAUCAUCCUGUGAAUCUCAGAAUGUUUGUAAGAAUGCUGCACAGAUGCAUAUCGGUCAUUUAUCUGGAUCUGUAGAUGAAAGAGGAAAACAUAUACUAAAUCAACAGAAAUAUGGAGGAAAUGAUAAAUCUAAGGAAACUUCUUUGAGCAGCCUUUCCCGGAUACCCAACACUAAUGAUUCCUGGUCUUCAUCAGAUGAUGACUUCAACUUUGAACCCACGAGUGUUGUUAAUGCAGACUUCUCAAAGCGAGUAGCUGUUCGUCAUCAAUUCAAGGAAAAAUUUUUCACUACAGCGGGAGGAGCAGUCUGUGACACUGUGAGAGUAGAAAACACAACAUUAUUGGAGGACAGUCAUUCUGCUCGUGGAAAUGAAGAUAAAACCGAAACUCCUGUUAGACCGUCAGUCCAGCAAAUUUCUCAUCCUGACAUUUCAUUGCCUGAAUGCUCCACUCUCCCAAGUCAUACCAAGUCUUCAGCAAUCUGUUAUCUGGCAAAUGGAGAAGCAACAAAACAAGCAAGUAGAAAUGAAGAGGCUGUUGUAAUCAUUGAAAAUACUCCACAGGAGCAAAGAAGUGAAGACAGUUUGAUUUCUACUCAUGAAACACACAAAAAUAGUAGAUGUGGCAUGGAUUCAGCACUAGAACCAGGAGAAGAGAAAGAUUCAGAAUCACCUUGUAACUCCAAGAAAAUUUGCGAGAAUACUGGGCAGAAUUAUGUGAGUCAUUUACCUGGAGCUUCAGACUUAAGAGGAAAAGAUAUAUGUACACAAGAAAAUGGAGGAGUUGAUAAGUUUACAGAAACCUCACCAAACAGAGUACCUGACACUGAUGAUUCCUGGUCUUCAUCAGAUGAUGACCUCAACUCUGAACUCAAGAUUGUCCAGAACCCAGACUUCUCAAAGCAAACAUCUGUUACUCAUCAAUUCAAGGAAAAAUAUUUUACUAUGGUUGAAGCAAACUGCUACAUUGUGAAAGCAGAAAACAGAGCCUUAUUUACGGACAGUCAUUCUGCUGGUGGAAAUGAUGAUGGAAUCGAAACUCCUGUCAAACCAUCAAUCCAGGAAAUUUCUCAUCCUGACAUUUCAUCACUUACACUCUCCACUUUCCCAAAUCCUCCCAAGCCUUUAGCAGUCUGUCAUCUGGCAAAUGGAGAAGCAACAAAGCAAGCAACUGGAAAUGAAGAGAAUGCUAUUACAAUAAUUGAAAAUGCUGCACAGGAGAAAGGAAAUAACAAUUUGAUUUUUGUUGAUGAAGCACGCAUAAGUAGAUGUGGUAAGUUAGUGAAUAUCAAGGACUUUAUUAUUUUUUUAAUUUCUAUUUAUAAAAUGGAAAUAUUGACAAGACCAUAGGAUAAGAGGGGUACAAUUCCACACAAUUCCCACCACCAGAACUCUGUAUCCAAUCCC